CCUCUGGCUGCCCAGCACUCCUCUGCUGCUGCUGAUAAGCCUGUGGACUUUUGGGCACAGACUGCAUGGAGUUGAUACUCUGAUUCUGACAUUUCUUCCAUUCUUUUCUUCCUUUGCUCUUUACGCGCGGGGAUGGCGUGGCCGUGCAUCAGCAGAGUGUGCUGCUUGGCUCGCUUCUGGAACCAGUUCGAUAAGUCGGACUUGUCCGUCCCGCUGACCAUACAAAACUACUCGGACAUCACAGAGCAAGAACUGCGCUCUGUCACCAAACAGGUCUCCGCGUCAGAGCGCGCACCUGCUAAUGACUACUCCAGCCCCCCGCGCGCCACCCGGGGACCCCGGGGCUCGUUCAGGACGGUGAGGGAGCCUAGUUACAAACCUCGUGAGGACUACCAUCCUCCCGGUGUGCCUUUCCCUUCCGUAAGUCAGUACAAGCAGGAUUAUAAACCGUGGCCCAUCCCCAGGAAGGACAACUUUCCCUGGAUCAGUUCUGAUAGUCCUCAUAGAGAGAGCAGAGGGGAAAAAGUCCCGGGGCAGCAGCAGAGCAUCGAACCGAGCCUAACCAGUUCAUACAGGCAAGAGUUUAGGCCCUGGACCGGAGUGAAGCCGGCUAAAAGCAGCAGGAAAAACCAACCUAUUCAGGGUGCUACACCUGGGACAGAGGCAUCCCACGUGGUUCCUGAGACCAGUUACCAGGCGGCCUACAGCGGGGACACACAUAGAUCUGCAGGGCUGUCCCAUGACAGCGUAAUCCCCUCUGCCUCCUCUAAUGUACAGACUGUUCCUGUGCACCCUGUCCCCAGCCACAGUCCCUCCAGCACACAGCACAGUAUCCUGCCAGAGGGAGAGGAACAUCUGGUGAAGACCAAAUUGCCCCACAACCCUAAUGCCAUCUUUCAGAGCGGAUCCAGGGUCUUCAGCAUCUGAUAUUCAAAGUGACAAAGCAAGAUGUUUUUAUUUAAAUUCAUUCCGGGACAGAAGAAACUAUGCAAGGAUUUUUGUGGCUCGUUGUUAGAAAUUUAAGGUUGGAUAAUGGAUUAGAAUAUGCAUGACUCCCAUAGUUUUUUGCUUU